AUGAAAUUCUACUCUAGAAUAAUUGUACUGAAUGCGAGUGCAAUUCUAAUUUAUUUUUAUUCAUGGACUGUAUCCUUGUUUACAUUAAAUGGAUAUCAAAAACAUACACAUAAUUUAAACGGAUAUAUUGAAUCGAAUCAUCCGGGCGAUUCUCAGGAUGAUGAAAGUUCUACUGUUACAGAGCCACCUACCAAAUUUCAUAUGGAAUUAAAGAAAACCACACCUACUUCUGAGAAUGAGUUAAGAGUUCAUACAAUUAAACCUCUAAUAAAGAGAGAAAAUGCAUUACAAAUGAAGUCAGACAAUGAGUCAACACAUAUAAUAACGCCAAUAGACUGCAAUUCUCUAAUAAUAAACGGACAUAUUUGUUUGAACAAAACUCCAAAGUUGAUAAUUAUGGUUCCGUCUAUACCUUCGCACACUAGACAGCGGAUGGCAAUCCGGGAUACUUAUGCAAAAUUAUCAAAUGAUCGCAUUCAUCAAGUUAAUGGUUUAGAAAUACAACACGUUGUAGGAAUUAUGUUUUUACUCGGCGGAAGUGGGACAGCUUUGGUGGAUGAAAAUAUAAAAAAGGAAAAUCAUAAACAUAAUGACAUCGUUCAGUUUGACUUCAAAGACUCGUACCAUAACCUAACAUUGAAAAUGUUGCAUGGCUUUAAAUGGAUAAACAUGUAUUGUAACAAAACAACAUACGUUUUAAAGGCUGAUGAGGACGUAUUUGUUAACGUAGCUUUAUUAUUUAAACAAUUAGAACAGCAUCCUCUACCUUCAAAUGGCGCAGUGUUCGGGUAUAUAUACAGUGGUGCAAAAGUUUGGCGAUUUGGGAAAUGGGCAAUUGAUAAAACGGUGUAUGGUAAAAAUAUUCUCCCGAGAUAUGCAUCUGGAACUGCAUAUUGUUUAACAGUCCAAUUACUGCCUGACAUUGUUAAAGUAGCAGAGAUGAUGCCAUAUGUAAAAGUAGAAGAUGCUUACAUAACUGGAAUAAUAGCCUCAGAAAAGUUAGGUGCAUCUCUUAUUAUGUUAAAUGGGAGUUCACAUUUAAAUGAAGGGUCUGUAGAACCUUGUGCUUUUGUUAAAGACGGGAGAGUAACAAUAACUAAUUUAAAACCCAAACAAAUGUACAGUUUCUGGAAUGCGUUAAUUUCUUACGAGCAAGAAUGUCAACAACAAUGA